AUGGAUGAGAAACUCUCUAGCAAGCUAAGGAAAAGGGAGAUCGAGCCUCCAAGAGUUACCUAUCAUGCAUCGAGCAGGACUUUCGAUCGUCUAUUCAAAGAGAAAUCUUUGGAGGAAACUAAGAAUGUCGUCAGGAGGAAGCUUGGACUUGAUACGGACGCUACAAUCACUCUCGCCCAGCUACGGGAAAACAAAAGGAUUGACCUAGAGGAUGAUGACGACUUCGACGCGUUUCGUGCUUUCGCCCAUGCUACCUCUCAUGCAGAUGUUCUUGUGGAUGCAGAUGGAGGGCAUGCACGUCAACUGGGGUCUUUCAACGAACUGCAGGGAUUUAGUGCUAAGUCGCCGGAAAAGAAGAAAAGAAAGAAGCGCAAGAUGGAGGAGCAGCGGUUGAUUGUCGCCUCGGCCAAACUACCCUCUCAGCAGGCAGCGAAACCUCAUUCCAAAACAACUGCGCUGAAUAUCACUCACGACACGCGACCAAACGAGUCUUCACCCACUAGGAAAAGGAGGAAGGUUGUGUUCGACGAGCCGUCCACCUCUCCAGAUCGUUCUAGUGCUUUCGGCAAUGGUUCCCGCUUGGAGGAUAUAACAUCGAAGGCUUUGAUAUCAAAACAAGCCAAGGUCCCCUCUGAUACUCCCCUUCCUUCUUUCAGUCAUGAAGCUUCUUCAUCUCCUUCGAUCGAAAAGCCGAAAAAGUCCAAGCCAAAAUCCAAAUCCCAUAUGUUUGAAGCUUUUGCGGCUGGAAGACCAUCACCCUCCACACCCCUAGCAUCGAAACCGGCUAAAGUCUCCUCAGACGCUCCGAUUUCUUCUUCCGUUCAUAACAUCUCUCCAUCUCCGUCCUUUCAACCCCCGAGAUUAUCCAGGAAAAGGUCAAGAUCCGAUGUACAUGACGAUUCUGCAACCAAAGAACCGACACCUUCCGGAGUUGGCUCGAUCCAAGUGAAAGGCACAGUCACGGGCUUAUCAGAUUCUGUCCAUUUACAUUCCUUUGUGCCUUCGCGCGACCAGCGCGAAGAGGUGAUGGCAGUGAAUCAGUUACAGCCCUCUCUGAAUGCAGUGUCCUCACUUCCUUCCGAGGCUUCAAAAGCCAAGGUUUCAAAAUCCUCAAAAAAGAGGAAACGGUCCGAUUCCUUACCGGUUGAGCCAUCAAUUCCGGCUAUUGGGGAAUCGUCUCAACGAGAUGCUUCAAGAGAACGUAAGAGGAAAAAAGCGAAACGAAAGAGCAGUGGACUGCUUGCGGCAUUAUCUGAUGCAAGUGGUCGCUCUCCCUCACUAUCGGUUGUUCGGCCAGCCCCUCCAAGAGAUUCGGUUCUUGAGAAGUCACCGAAAGGCACAACAGCGUCUGUCUCCUCAGGUCACAUUCUGCCCUCUAUGGCUACCAAUGCUCCAUCUCCUCGUGAGACUCUGCAGAAAAAGUCGAAGAAGAAAAUUGAAGUCGACAAUACGAGCUCUAGUCAGGAAGCUUCUACGCUAGCAAUACAAGCUUCAAUUGUAUCAUCAACUGCACCUGCUCCCACAUCGACAAACCCAGCAGUCUCUGCAAACAAAAUCAAAAAGAUGCAGCGGCCAAAUUCUAAGGAUGUAUCAGAAGAGCCUCGAUCCGUCGAUGUCCUAAUGAUGUCCAAAGUGUCUAAGUCCAAUUCAAGCGGCGCAGAGACAGCGCAAACUGUUGCUUCUCCUGAACAAGCUUUGUCCGCGCUGGCUACGGAUGUGUCGACAGAUAUAUUCAUGGACCAUGGCCGCAAAGGAUCAUCUGUGAAGUCUAAGAAGAAGAAAGAGCACCGUGAGAUGACCCAAGCUGAGCGCGAUGCUUUCGAGCGUGACUUCCGUGCGGCUGUCGACACAACGCUCGCCGCUGCAGGGUCGAACAUGCCGCCGUCCUCGACACCUGCCUCCACUGAUAUUCCUGGUACUUCUUCAGGCUUGAUACCUCUGAAGCCUAGGCCACGCUUGAAAGAGAAGCUCAGCAAAUCUCGAUUAAGCACAUCUUGGGGACCUCGUGACCUUGAACCUGAGGACUCUUCUAUCCCUUCUAGUCCUGGUGCAUCGGUCGAAGGCGUCCCAUCGGAGGCAGCUGUUCAUGCGAAGCAGAGUAACUACCACAUCCCAGAUCACGCGACAUCCUCGAAAACGAUGCAGUCGCCAUUGUCAGCUGUUGCUGAGAAGCAGGGAAAGGAUUCUUACCUAGAGGGCGUGGCGCCCUCGAAAAACGUGCUUUCAGAGGACCUCUUGGUGGACAACCGAGAACCACAGCGUUCACGCGCUAGUCAGGGUACUACCACCACGUCUCUUGGCGCCGUCACUCGUGACGAGUCUUUGACUGCAGCCGCUGUCGACGAAACGGCUCGUCGCACCGUCGUGGCGCCAACUAUGCCUGCAGGAUCGACUAUUUCCGAGGUGACAGUCGAGACACCCGAUGAAGGAAGCAGCAAUGACAGUUAUAGUUCUGACGAAGAUGAGGAGGCGAACGAUGGAGAAGGCGACGAGAAGGGUUCACGGAAGAGAGGUUUACUUGUGCCUUCCAUCAUGUCCUCACAAGACAUGGCCUCCAUCAUGGAUCCCUCUCAGUACGAGGAACAGUUGGAAGCUAUCAUGCGUGGGCCUGCUCGGACUGGUCCCAGACAGAGCAUUUUGGACGAGAUACCUUCCAGCAGCGACACAGAAUAUAGUGAUUCAGAGAAGGAAAUACCCGCUUCCGAGGACGACGAAGACGUCGAUGAGCGUGCUUUUCGUCGGUUGUCGAAGAAGUCUAAUAGGGACCGAUCUUUGUCUUUUGAGGCGGGUAUGGUCGUCGAUGAUGAAGACGUCGACGAUUCCGUCCACGUUUUCAUGGAUGGUCCCCCAGAGCUACCGCGUGCGGACCCACCCCUUGAUCUCUCCACCGACUUCGACAGAGGCUCUGAGAGUCUAGAGCUGCACGACACUCUACAUCCUCUGCAGCCCCCUCAGGAUAACUCGGAAGCUGAGGUUCACUCUUCUCACGAAGUUCCGCCAUUCCUAGAAGAGGUAAAGCUAUUAUCAUCAGGAAAGGCAGGAACCCAGACCAAUGAGGAGACAGCUGGCGUGGAUCGCGAAGAUAGACGUGUUUCAUCUCCUGAGACAGAUGCUACAGCCAUCAAUACUGAAGCAUCUAAAGCGCAUUCACCAUCGUCCGCACCAUCUCAGGAUGCUCCACAGCACGGUUCACCUGACCUCUCUAUCAAGAUGACAGAAAGCGAGAUAGGCCCUUCAUCCCAUAUAUCUUCUGUAGCGAAUGUUACGCCUACGCGCCAAUCUAGGACCAAUGGUGCUUCUACACAGAUUUCUGCGCAACCGAGCAUGAAUGAUGAAGUAGAAAGCAUCGAUUCUGAUGAGUCGGAAUCGCAAAAGGCUGUUCAACCACGUACUGAAUCGGAUCCCAUUGAAUCGGAUCCCAUUGAAACGGAGCAUACGCCGCCUCGCACCUUGUCACCUCACAACACCCCUCAGCCUGGCACGGCCAAACGCAUGAGGGAUCGAAACGGGAGGCUUGUAACGUCUGGGGAUCUUCUUCCAGUUCUCGCCUUACCGACCAUGGAUUCUGACAAUCAUACGACCCGCCGAUCGGGUCGGCUGGCAAGUCGUCAGCGGGACACACCCACUCCUGAUCCUGAUUCCGAUGUCGUACAAGAUCCUGAACCAGAACCGGUCGCUCCUCCUGUGCCUUCACGCCGCAAUCGGUUGACCGCGGAGGAAAAAGCCCGCAGAGAGGAAGAAAGGGCACGUAAAGCUGCUGUCAGAGAAGCCGAGAAGCUCGAAAAAGCGCGCAUUCGCCAGGAAAAGCAAGCAGAGAAGGCACGGCAGAAAGAGGAGAAAGCUAGGGAGCGCGAGGCGGAGAAGCAAGAAAAGGCAAGGCUUCGGCGGGAGAGGGCACGCGUCGAUCGUGAAAAGAAGAAUGGAAAGCAACAAGGCUCUAAUCCUUCAUCUGCAUCUGCACAUCCUACUGCUUCAGCAGCUUCCACUGCUCGUCCCUUUUCCAAUGCCCCUAGUAUCUCAGUUGAGACACCAGUGCCACACAUUCCAGGCCUCAAUGGUAUCUUAGUUGAGACACCAGAGCCACACCGUUCAGGCCCCAAUGUUCAGGUUUCGCAGGUUAAAUGGACGUCUCUUCCCACACUGUCAUCCCCUGUUCCAGCUUCAGAGUCAAUCCUCGAUGAGCUCAGGACCAGCAGCCCGGAGCCAGACCGAAUACCUCAUGCUCCUGAUCACCCUAUGCAACAUUUGCCGCCAUCCUCUGAGGCGCCCCCUGAGUCCACUCAAGAUACGAGUCAAGAUGUACCCAUGACGCCGCUUUUCUUCCCUGGCAGUAGUCAAUUCCCGACUGCUGUUCGCCCUUUGCAUAAACAAAGGUUACCUGCACAGUCCGCGGCGUCGGGCUCUGACGCCGAGGUCGAUGCUCCUCCUAAAUGGAAGCUAAAGGCCGUGGCAAGGAAGCCCGCUGCAGCACCAUACCGUCGUUUGACACAAUUGGCAAGUCAGGACAUGCUAUUCUCAUCGCCUAGCCCCAAUCCAUUGCAUCCCCCGCCAUCGACCCAGACCAAACAGUUAAUAGAGUCUGACGUUGAUGAUGAGGACGAUGAAAGCUCAGAUACUGGAUCAGACUCCGAUGCACCGCAAUCGCAUAUUCCGAAAGAUAGACGGGCUGGGGCUGGCACUAGACCGAGGAGGAGUUCUGGUCUCUUGGGGCUGCCACGGUCAAGGCGUUGA